GUAAACAAAUGGUGGAGAAGAACGUCUUGCUGCCACAUUCACCUAAGGAUUUUGGAGGAAAUUGGGGACGAUGACGUGUUAAUUAUAUCGGGAUUACAUGUGGUUCAGCUGCCCUAGAAGAUGGUUGGCGGCAGCACAGGUGAUAGAGAUGAAGGUGGAGCAGGAAGAAUUCAUCGAGAAUAUCGUGGAGGAGGAGGAGGAGGAAGAGGAAGUGGGCGCUACAGGAGAGGGCUGACACAUCACCGUCACUCUGUGCCGGGUGAGCGACGUGGUCUCUCAGAGCAGGGGCAUUCAGAGGAUGAUCCUAAAGCAGAUGCAGAGAAAACAGAGGUUGUGAAGCAUCGGUCUCAUAAAGAUCUCAGUCGUGGCUUUAGUGAAGACUCAAGAAUUUCAAAGCAGCUGAGGAGACUUUCUCGAGAGGAUGACGCAGAGCGGUAUCUUGCCCAAGUCCAGCAGCUUCAGGAGUCAAUAAUGCUGAAUGAAAAUGUGAAAUAUGUUCGCCGAAAUGCAGAGCAUCUUUUGGACUCGCUUUUCGAACUACUUCAUGCAGCACCAUCACCCCCUUGUCGCUGGGAAAUCACUCGCUGCGUCGGUCGUGUUGGCCAUGUCAUGGAAAGUGACAUAAAGAGGUUUGUGGAUGUGACACUAGAUCGACUAGAUACUUGGCGUGCAGCAGAAAUGAAGGUUCUGGUGUUACGGUGUAUCUUGGAGAUGUUGAAAUUAGAUUCUGAUGGAUCUCAGCUGAGUCAGGUUGGAGAAAGAAUUGUAGAGGGAUUGCAGGUCGUGCUGGAGGGAACAGAAACUCCAGAGGUGAUGGUGGCUACUGUGGAUGUGCUGAGAGAGCUGAACGUCAACCAUAGCCAUAUCCUUAAUAACUAUUUCCAAGAUAUUGUUGACAUACUGGUAGGAUGGCACAUUGACCACCAUCAAUCACCAGAAGUUAUGAAGUAUGUGUCCAUGGCACUGAGAAGCUUCUCACAACUCUGGCUAGCAAACGUCCCCAUUGCCGCAACUCUUCUCUCUCAGUUUGUCGAGGAUAUGGAGGACUAUUGUGAGGACUUAGAAAGAGGAAUAUCUGGUCGCUCUACACCUGAAGAUGAAGUGGCAUCAGACCCAGUAAUCUGUGCCAAGAAAGUCGCUGCAUUUAUUAGUGUUUUUACAACAGUUCUAAGGUGUCUUGGGCCUCAGGCUGACCCAGCUGUAAACCCAAGUCUCUCACCAAAUUUCCUAGUUGAUGCACUGGGGAAGAUGGUGACAGGAGCAGGAAAUAUUUUGAAACAUCAUUGGGAAGAAGCACUUUUAGAUGCUUUGAAUCAGGUUUGUUUAGUGUUGAUUCCAUAUAGUCCAAAUAUGUCUGGGCUACAGGAACAUUUCUGUGAUGUUGUAGAUCUUCAGCAGAAACUUGUUGAGCACUUGGGCUUUGCCACCGUUAUGUCUUAUCUGACGCUGCUUACUCGGAUGCUGAAGCAGAUUGGUAGCAGUUUAUCUGUAGAGUUUAUACAGAAGAUCUUUGGCACAAGCUCCCCCCUGCGUAGCUUACGCCUUUCCCCGCAUCGGCAAGUAUGGCAGGCUACUCUUGGAGUGUACCAUGCUGCACUCAGCCUGAAGAAUGUUCCUUUACUGCAGGAAGCUUAUAACUACAUACUUGCAGAUUUACAGAUUGCUCAUCGUGUUUUAGUACCAGAAGCAGUCAGCUUUGCAGCAACAAGUGUUUUAGAGGGAGUUUCAUAUAAUGAGAGAGAAGCAACUGUCCUUAUGAUGUAUCUCAUGACAGUAUUAGCUGAGGUGGCAAAUACGAGGAACUCCAUCAUCACUAUGUGGGCACUCAAUCCCCCAAUUGUCGAUCUUCUGGCAACACACCUCACUCCAUCCAGCGCUCACCUGGCUCUGCACUACCCUGAGGUUCAGCAUGCCAUCUUGUUCCUGCUGUACUCACACUGCUCCAAGCAUUCCCACUACAUAAGCUCCAGCACCCUGAUCGUGGGGGCAACAUCUCCAUUUGUUCCACCCUCGGUCUCCACAACGUUUUCUGGAGGGUCACCAGGAAGUUUCUCCUCUGGAUCAUCCACCAGUGAGAAUCUUACUACAAUACUUACUACUUUGACAGCUGUGUUGCGACAGAGACAAGUUACUGGGGCUAACAUCAUCCAGCUGUGUCUGGAAUGGGCAGCAGAUCUUGUCAGCAGUAGUGAAACUUCCUUACCUCAGCUGCUGAAGAUCAAAGUGUUUACCCAGAUGAUAGACACCAUUGUACAAACGGGGUACCACCACCUCAAUUCAGUUACAUCUGCUGUUGCUGCCAGCUUAACCUCUGUGUUUGCUGUAUUGCCGCCCACUCAGAUGGAUAAUUUGGAAGAAGUUGUAAAGUUAUGCCUCCAUCAUAUGAGCCACAAUGAGCCUAAAAUUCGCAGUGCUUAUCUAGACCUCCUGGCUAGACUUCCUCUCAGUUCUGUCUCGCAUGCCAUGUGUUGUUUUAACACAAAUGAAGAAAAUGAAUUUAGUGCAAACAAGACUGAUUCAUCAUCCAAUGUUGAGAUUGGCAGUCUUGAUUCUUCAUCAGUCAAAAGUCUCGAGAGGCAUUUUGUCUUACGUUCUACAGCAGGCCAGCUACCGUCAAAUGCCUUUCACACGCUAAUGGCAUUUAUACUCCACGUUUCACAACCAAAAGGUGAGUAUUGGCAGGAAGACCUCUUUGCUGUUAGCCAGAGAGUUGAAAGGAUGGCAAAGGCAGAGGACCUGAGUCUUCCUGUGCUAGCUUCCCAUCUUCGCACCUUGUUGUGGAAGUGGUUGGCCUGGGAACCUGCUCAACACUGCAUUGCAAGCAAACUGCGAACUACAUUAGGAAAGCCACAGGACACAUUUACUAGUAUUGAAGGUGCCAUUAAAGGUCGUGCAAAGGAAGUCCGAGAGUGUGGCCAGACAGCGGAAAAAAGUCAAGGAGUAAGCAAGACGGACGAUGAGAAAACUGGCAAAAGUGUGAAUGGUAAUGAAAAGGGUGGAAAUGAUGUGAAGGUUCACUCCCUAGCCGUGAUGCUGCUAGUAGAGUUCUUGGAGAGUCUGGAGAAAGCUAUGUUCAAUGCUAGUGAUGGAUGUGCUGUUGCUGUACCACCACCAAAUAAGAGUGUCAGAGCCUUCUUUAGGACAAAUCGUCAGACCUGCACUGAAUGGCUGAGUCGUAUAAGAGCUGCAGUCAUCGUUGUUGCACUCAAUUGUGGACGUCCAGAAGUGGCUGUUCGGCAUUCGUACAAACUCCUGCAGGAACUAAAAGAUAAUAACAACACACAAAGUACUGACUUUGAACGAGCUGUUUGCUACUGUGCACGGGCCUUAGUAGCAGAAGGUUGUGACGAAGGAGUUUCAGGUUUAUACCAGUGGUGCCGUGACCACAUUGGAAGACGUUUUGCGUGGCUUAAGCCUGCAGUUUACAGUGCUGGCAAUAAGUAUGAGAAAGCCUUAAGGGGCUUCAUGCACUUCCUUGAGGGGGGAGGAGACGAAGCAGAUGAAAUUGAUAAACUUAAAAAUGAAGAAGAGGAGACAUCAACCCAGCACGUCAUAAUUGCCAACCAUUCAGACAUGAAACAGCAAGAUCCUUUGAUACAGGAAUUCAUUCAUGCUCAGAUUGCAGAGUGUUACAGCAGGCUGAGUCAGUGGGGAGAGCUCCAGAAGUGGACAAUGCAAAUACAAAUGAAACAGGAAGAGUCUGAGCCUAUAACUGUUACCUCUGGGCUUCUGAACACAUACAAAGAUCUGUCUCAUGUGCAGGCAUUGGCACAUUUUGACUCGGCUGAUCCUGUGGGAGUGAUGACAAGCCUUGGUGGUGCAGUGACCCAGGUGGACUGGACAAAACCCCAAGAUUGGAUUACUUGGAAGAGGUUCCAGGAUAUAAACACUGUUCUUCUACACUCUUUUACCUCUACGGUUUAUCCCCAGCCUUCAACUUCAAGAGAAUCAUUAAGUAAAAUUGUGGCAGAAUGUCAAGAGCAGGUGGAGUGGAUGUUGCAGUUAUCCACAAUGUCCUCCUACUCCGCCAUGCAUCUUCAUUCACUUCUACUUCACCAAGUCCUCCAUGAGCUGAGGAGUAUUCUCAAUGAUUCCAUGGGAGCUGGACGUCUGCAUGAGGGCUGGGAGAACACAAAUCUCAUGAGCCUUCCUGCAGACCUUAUUCCUCAUGUGUCAAGAUGGGCCAAACUCAUUGGUCGAAUUAAUCCUGCUGUUACUCCAACCUCAAUCACUAAAUUAGACCUCCUGUCAGCCAAGCAAGCACGUAAACAAGAAAACAUGGACUUUGCAGAAAAUACAUUGAUAGGGUUAUUAGGAGUAAGCUCCAACUUGGCAGAAUCAGUGCUGGAAAUUGUGCCUGGUGCCGAGUACAACCCUCUUCAGGCCAAGCUACACAGGGAGGCAUCUAAGCUCCUGGCAUGCAAGGGAUACAUCUCUCAUGGCUGUUCAGUCCUUGCUGGAUCCGUAGUUGGUCUAAAUCCCAGCUUAGCAGCCUUAGCAGCAACAGACACCAAUCUGCUCACACUACCCCCGAAUGAGGCUGGCCACUUGUGUGCUCGUUCCAUCAUAACACUCAACAAGUGGUGGGCACAGGAUGAUAGGCGAUUGCUGAUGCUUUCUGGAGAUUCAAUGACCGAUGUUCCAGAAUGGAUGAAUAAGCUCCUUGCAGUUUACCAGGAAAUGAAGGAUUUUGCACCAGAGGAGUUGCUGCCUCUUGCAGAAGUCAGCCAUCCAACUCUUCCUCAGCUCGAAAGCAAUAUGGGUCAUAUUCUUACCCUUGCUGCAACACAGUGUCCAACUCUCCCAAAAGUCUGGUUUCAUAUUGCUUCAUGGUGCUUCAGGUGGGGUAGGAGAAUACUCGAGCACAGUAACAGCAAUGGAGGCCAGCUGUCUGAGGAAGAUCGGGCUCGUAUAAAGGAAAUUGUAUCUCCUGCAAUUAGUCAUGAUGCUUCAAGUGCAGAGGAAAGGAUAGAAGAGAUUUGUUCCCUCAUAGGAGGUUGGAGGCCAGGACAAGAUGCCACAGAAGAGGAUGAAGAGGAUCUUCGCUUGGAGGAAGUUCAGGGGACACAGCAAGUUGGGACGCAAAUUACAUCAACCCUGCAAUCUUGGGGAUUGACUGGGAAUACAGUAGCAGACCUAAGUGUAGCUCUGGCUGAGGUUCAUCAAGCAGCCCAAGAAAGACAUUAUACUGUUCUCACAGCUGCAGCAAAAGCAUACUUCAGGUUCCUGAAAAUCAGCCAAGGGUAUGCUGCAAGCCAUGCUGACCAGUGCACAGUAGCUACAUUGAGACUGCUUCGACUGAUGGUAAAGCAUGCUUCUGAGUUAAGAGAAGUAUUAGAAAAGGGUCUGGCUGAAACGCCUACACGUCCCUGGAAGACAAUCAUUCCUCAGUUGUUUGCACGUCUGAAUCACCCCGAGCACUAUGUAAGGAGCAGCAUCUCUGAACUUCUGUGUCGUCUGGCAGAGGACUUCCCACAUUUGAUUGUGUUUCCAGCUGUGGUUGGCUCAGCUGGUGGAAAUGUAGCAGCCAAUCAAGCAUCACUGACAGAUAUGUUGGCAAAGUACCUGCACAAAGGAAGGCACAGAAGAAAAAUGAAACAGACACUUGGUGAGGAAGAUGAAGAUGAAGAGGAGGAGGAGGAGGAGUAUGACCAGGUUGAUGAAGAAGAAGAGGAGGAGGAAGAAGAGGAACUGAUCUCUGAAUCUACUGAAGAACAGGAGAGAAGAACAGUUAUGAGAAAUUGCUUCUCAUCUCUAGUAGAUACCCUGACUAAACAGGUGGGAUCCAGCAUUAGUGAAGUCCAGAUGCUUGUUCAUGAACUUCGUCGUAUUACUGUCCUGUGGGAUGAAUUAUGGCUAGGAACCUUGGCUCAGCAUCACAGUGACAUGUCCAGAAAGUGCCAUCAAUUGACAGCAGAAAUUGCAAGAUUGAAUAACAAUUCAUCUCUGACACAGACAGAGAAAACUCAGCUUAUUAAAAAGAAAUAUGACAUCAUCUUCAAGCCACUUCUGUUUGUGCUAGAUCAGUUGGCAGACAUCACAUCAGCUACUCCAGAGACACCUCAUGAACGACACUUCCACGAGACAUACGGUUCCUUGAUAUCCUCAGCUCUGUGUAGUUUAAGGGAACCUGAGAGCUAUUUUGAGCCUCAGGCUGCUCUGUCUGGUCUAAGGCAACUCCAUCAGAUGCUGCAACAGAGAGCUCAUCGGAGAGCAUCUUCAACUCUCAAGAUGGUGGACGUAUCCCCCAAACUUGCGGCACUGACUGCAACAAAAAUUGCCAUGCCAGGUGUUGUGUCGGCGUCACAGCAGGUUAUCACCAUAGCAUCAGUGGACGGAAAUAUAUCUAUUCUCCCCACAAAGACUAAGCCAAAGAAACUGAGCUUCCAAGGAUCAGACGGCAAGAAAUAUACAUACCUGUUCAAAGGACUGGAAGAUCUCCACUUGGAUGAGAGGAUCAUGCAAUUCUUAGAAAUUGUUAAUACAAUGUUGGAGAAGAACCAGAGGGGUAAAGACUGUGUGUAUCGAGCCAGGUACUAUUCUGUAGUGCCACUUGGACCACGUUCAGGCCUUAUUCAGUGGGUUGGAAGUGCAACACCACUCUUCGGUCUCUACAAGCGCUUGGCACAAUGCGCAUGCUUUGUUGCUCAAAAAUCAUUCAUCUCUCCUCCACAAGUUCCGCGGCCUUCAGAACUGUACUACAGCAAGUUGACACCCAAACUCCGAGAGGCGGGAGUCAGCUUGGAUAACCGUAAGGAAUGGCCCCUAGGCAUUCUGAGGGAUGUUCUGAAGGACCUGAUUAAAGAGACUCCAUCAAAUCUGCUUUCCAGGGAAUUGUGGAUGUGUAGUGUCAGUGCUGGAGACUGGUGGCACUUGACACAGACUUACUCAAUUUCCACAGCAGUGAUGUCCAUCAUAGGCUAUAUCAUUGGCCUUGGUGACAGGCAUCUUGACAAUGUUCUUGUCAACCUAACUUCUGGAGAGGUGGUUCACAUUGAUUACAAUGUGUGCUUUGAGAAAGGUAAAAACCUACGUGUCCCAGAGAGAGUGCCAUAUCGCAUGACACACAAUAUUGAAGCAGCACUUGGAGUGACAGGAACUGAGGGUGUGUUUAGGAAUGCCUGUGAACAGGUCCUGAGGACCAUGAGAAGGGGACGUGAAACUCUUCUGACCUUGCUAGAAGCCUUUAUUUAUGAUCCACUGGUUGACUGGACACCAGACAGUGAAUCAGGCUAUGCUGGUGCAGUGUAUGGUGGUGACCAAGCUCUUGUGUCAGGAGCGAGACAAAGUCGGCAGCAGCUGGAACGAGGUCUCACUCUUAGUAUGUUUGCUGUGAGAAUAGCAGAAAUGAAAGCUGACUGGCUAAGUAAUAAAGGUGAGGUUCUGGAGUGUAUACCCAGUGUGGAAAUCAGCUUAGUGGAGUGGCAAAAGGCACAUGAGGUUCAAGCAGACGCCGAGGCUAACCUGCAGGACGGCCACCACCUCAUGGCUAUGCUCAAGGAAGCAGAAGCUAAUCCACAGCACAACCUCUAUGGUCUCCGUCCACGUUAUGAGGAAUAUGCCAUAGUCAAAAAGUCCAUGGACCAUGCCAAAGAGUUAGUGAAUACAAGGCUGAUAGAAGUGAAACACUGGCAUAAUCUGUAUUUGACUGCAGCAAGAGUGUUUGAAGGCGGCCAGGCAGGUGAAUGGAGAGCCAAAGUGAGCAAUGCAGGAGUGAUGUUAGCCAGUGUGGCUCCUGUGACAGAGUUUCUGACAAAGGCUGGACAAGGUCAGCUAGCCACACAGUGUGAACAUACAGAAGUUGAGCUUAGCAAAGUAGUGAACCAGGUGCAGAAUGUUUUAGGUGCCAGCCUGGACUUACUGAUCAAGUACGGAGGAGUUUGGGUGAAUUACCCAGCUGAUCAUCUUUCACGACAUCGGCUGUCGGAACAGCUGGUGUGGCUUACUUCACUCUUGCAAGACUUUUCACUGAACAAUGUACAGAUGGUGAUCAGCAAGAGUCAUCGCGAAGCUCCAGACGCCACAGCAGUAAGUCAGGCUUGUAACAUAGACAUGCAGCUUCAAAGCAAAUCCCUUCAAGUUACGUCACAGUUGCAGAAGGUGUAUGAAAGGAUGCGUUCAGAGGGUUUGAAUGACGGAGUAAUGGUAGUGAACACUGUCCAAGAGACUUCCCUCGCUUUGUCAACCCUUGUAACUGAGCAUGGGAUAUCCGGCGUUGCAGCAAUGACUUGCGCCCUCCUCAACUCUCUCACUCAGCUUACGAGUGCCAGGCUACGUGCUGACAAGACUGCUGCAGGAGCUGGCGAAGGAUUAGUAGACCUGACCAUAGGAGGGUUGUGGUGGUUGAGGGAGAGUAUGGUCACUCUCGGUGGAAUGGUCGAACUUGUCACCCUUUUGACAACACACUCUCCUCCUGCAUAUCCACAGGAGACUCCUGUCAUACAGGCUAUGUCAGCUUUACAUGAUGUCUUUGCCAGUCUCCAUGAACUGGUGUUGAACACGAGUGGAAUCAUCAUUGUGGAGGGUGUCAGACUGUUCUGGCGUGGAGAACCUUCAGUGAUCAGCCUAGCCACAGAACUCCAGGCAGUUGUAGCCAGUUCCCCCACCCCACCAUCUGCACUCUGCCAGCACCUCACCACACACCUAAGGCUGAAGAUCCUCAUGAUGCCACCUCGUCAUGAAGAAGCUCUCCAGGAUGCAACAAGCCUUCAUAGUCAGCUAAUGAAUGUGAUAGACAGAAUCACCUCUGAUGGAAGCAGUGACAUGAGUCAGGGACAGAUGCUUCUCAUGGGCUUCCACUUGCUCUUUGAGGCAGUUGAGACCCAGUUGGACCAACUCAUGGAUGCCCUUAGCAGUGCCCCACUGCCACAGCCUUGGCCAAGAGUAGACACAGCGAGGGAGGCUGCUGAGAUAAUGGCCCCACUCCAUGACCCAAGUUUACGCCAGGUUCUUCGAUCUUUACUGAGAGUCAAGAAAGUCCAGACUAUUGUUGACUUCUUUACCACUGCAUACCAGUCCUCCCUAGUGUUCAGAAGAGAUGAUCCCAUUGGUAACAGGAACAGCAACAGUUUAUGUGACGAGGAGAGGCUCCAAAGAAUUGUUCGUCGGUAUGCAAGUGAUUGUGUAUCUCUUUUGCUGCUUGGCCUGCCUUCGUAUUUGGCAACACACCUACUUCUGCUGCACUGUCAGAAACUUGGUAUCAAUGUAUCUGGUUAUAUAGAAGCAAGGGAUGUAGGCACAGAAGGCAGGGUGAAUCUAGAUAACAUAGUCCAAGAAGCACUGGAAUGCUGCUUGACUCAUCACAGUCUGGACCCAGCACUGCCCUCCUCAGCUGCAACAGCUCUCACUCUCCAUCUUAAUGCAGUCCGCAAGAAAUUACUCCUAAGGCACUGGGAAGGUGAAGCAGAAGGGCUGCGGACAACACAUCAGCGUGUGACAGCUCAACAUCUAGGACAUCAGUGGUAUAAUGAGGAUUACCUAAAGCAGCGAGUGGUAGCACCAUCAGUCCAGCCAGGUCGAGGUGCAUUACUAGGAGAAUUGAGAACAAAUGUAAGCACGCUUUUGGCUCUGCACCAGAAUGUGUCAGAAUUGCGUGAAAAGUACACCAACUUGACUGGAAAUGUUGAACAGCGUCUCAAGUGGGCAGCUGGCUCUAACCCAACCAUAGCUCAGGCAUUAGAGGAAUUCAGUAAUGGUGUAGAAGUAGCCCUUGAAGGUGUCAGUCAACUUGUACAUCAGAGUAAGGAGGUUGCAUCUCUCUGUAAUGCUGUGCUGCAUUAUGAGGCUCUUCGAACUCAUACAGUGGAUGCCAUCACAUGGGAUGCAAAUUUCACUUCAGUACUGAAUACUUGCCAAGAGAGCUGUAUGCUCUUAGAGCGGUAUCACUCUACUGUUAGUCCACAAGAGGAAAUGCUGGUCACGCUUUGCCAUCUGCCAGCUGAUGUUAACACACAGUGGAUCCAGAAUGCAUCAGUUGCAGUCUCAGACCACAUUGAACUCCUCACAAAGCUAGUGAGUGACCAAAGCCGGGAGCUAAGGAAGGCUGCUGAAAAUGUUCGUUUGAAUGUCGUUACCUUGAGGACCCACCUUACUACACAUCAUAAAUUCAUGUCUGACAUCAGGGCAUUACUGAAGAGCAUGGCAAAGUUUGAGGAUGAGGGAGGACUAGCUGGCGUUGACGAAUACCUGGCACUAUACCGCACUUAUUCUGAGACCAUCUCUGGGCUCAUAAGACAAAUGUUACAUGAUCCAUUGUCUCCAGAGAAGGCAAAGGCAUAUUUACAGAAACUGCAGGAAGUAACUAUGCAAACAGGCACUAUAUAUGACAUAUUGGUAGAAUUCGGCAAUGAGUGUGUAGUAGAGGAAGCACAGGAAGAAGCAGAAUCUCUUAAAGAGACAAAUGGAGAACCUCGAAGGCCCCCAUUACUGCGGCAGUCAAGUGUUGUCAUGUCGCCUUCCAAAACUUUCACUCCUGAUUCCAGGAUGAAGGUCAAGAGACAUCCACUUACAGGAAAAGUUGUCCAAGAGCACAACGCCUAUGCUCUUAAUGUUUGGCGCCGAGUAAAAGUUAAACUAGAAGGAAGGGACCUCGAGCCCUCUAGGAGAGCAUCAGUGGCAGAACAGGUGGACUACACCAUCAGGGAAGCUACAAAUUUAGACAACUUGGCUACGUUGUAUGAAGGAUGGACACCAUGGGUGUAGAGAACAGAGAAGUCUGUUUUGAAAUCUUUUCUGUCACAUAUUCAGUGUACCAGUGCAAUUCAUCAUCAUUAUUAUUGAUUUCUGCCCAUUGUUUCCAUUCUCAAUUACUCUGUGAUAUUUGAAUGUGUAAACAACUUCAAAGUGACUAAGUAUAUAUAUACUAUGUUCAAGAUUUGUAUUGUUCAUAGUGCCAGUUCAUAUAUAAUCAAUAACCUCUAUUACUUGGAUGUAGAGGAAUACAUAAGAUCUAUUAAAAGUGCAUUAAUUUGUUUGGCACUAUUUUAUUUACGUAAUUUAGGACUUGUCAGAUGUGGUUUCCAGAUGGUUAAUCACUGCUGACUAUACCUUUGUUUUUCUUUUAAUAAACUGAUGGCAGUUAAAAUAUAAUUGGUAGAUCAACUGUAUUCAAAUAUAUUUGAAAAUGUCAAGUAAAUAUUUCAGUAUGCAUUUCAGCAGCUAACAUGGCUGUGAUCUUUCAUGUGUCAAGAUUUGAAUCAAUCUGCACUUAUACCUGUACAACAUAUGUAUGAUGUUAAUGAAAUGCUAAAAGGUA